GGUUAUUGUUGGUACUUUUCUGAUUGAUAACAAAAAGGAAAAAGUCGAGGCUUCUAUGCCCAGGAUGCCAUCGCCAGGUGGUGGAGCAUCUAUGAUGAAUGUAGGUUUCCGCUCAACGGUGGACUCUUCUGGAAGAAAUAUGGUCAGGGCAAAUGAUGAACAACAGCAAGCUAUUGGCGGAAGUCAUUUCAUGAUUCAGGGCAUGCAUGGAUCCACAGAUUGGAGGACUGGUCCAGAUGCCAGAAGCACUGGUGCUUAUGAAUUGGCAGGAAGAGGUGGUCGUGCAGCCCACCAAUCUCCUGAAAAUGGGGACUAUGAUCAAAUUCCAGAUUAGGGAUUGUUUUUGAGAUUUGAAAGCUGUUUUGUUUUAGAUAGAGAGAUGUAUAAUACAUAUCUGCACUUUUUGUCAGCCUAUGCUGCCUGUAGCGUGCACCAUACAUUAGAGAUGAUGGCUUAUAAAAGUUCCAUACAUGUGACACUGGUGAUUGAGAUAUUUUUCUGCCUUCAAUAUUGCUCAUUGUGUGUUUUAUGCUGAA